UAGCGAACAUCGGGUCUACCCAUCGUCGCUCUAAAUGCACCUUUACAUAAUAGCAUUUCUCCUUCGAUGAAAACAAGGCAGAUGGAUAUCCUCAACAGUUCGCAAACACCUGCGUAAUCAGUUUCAAACUUUAUUUUAAAUUGUACUUAGGUCUACGUAGUUUCCUAUUUAUCCUACGAUUUAAAUGAUAAAGAAGCGAACAAGUUUUUAAACUUGUUCUUUAACAUUAUCGAAAUUACAUUAACGAAACAUUAUCGAAAAUGGAAGGAACUGAUGUUUUGCACGUGGAAAUCUGUCAAAAUAUCGACAGUACAUUGUCUUCAGAGGAAAUAGAGAACUUAGUAUAUGCUGAAAUAAAUUCAUAUGAGGAUAUUGCAUUGGAUUCUAUUAUAUAUGGAAAAAAUCUAUCAAAUAAUACUUUAAAGAAUCACAUUGAUUCGAUAAUAUGUUCCUACAGUCAUGGAGAGAGAAGUCACAUGAAAGUACAAGGAGCUAAUUUAAAGUUUCAUGUAUAUAGAUUAUCGAUUGAAUCUGCUGCUACCGAAACAAUGGAUAAUGAUGGCGAAGAUUUACCAGUAUCUUCUCACUGGAUAUUGCCAGUGAAAGAAUUUCAUUAUUUAUGGGAGAGUCUUUACUUUGAUUCCAAUGUAAAAGAAGAUCUAUUACACUUUGUAGAAACAGCUAUGAUAUUUGCAGAUCACAAUGUUAAUACCAAUAUCAUAAGUUGGAAUAAAGUAGUAUUACUCCAUGGGCCACCAGGUACUGGAAAGACUAGUCUAUGCAAAGCUCUUGCACAAAAAAUUAUUAUUCGUCUAGGCAAUAGAUUCAGUCAUGGUGAAUUUGUUGAAAUAAAUAGUCACAGUUUAUUUUCCAAGUGGUUCUCAGAGAGUGGUAAACUAGUUAUGAAAUUAUUUAACGAAAUAAAAAGGCUACUCGAAAAUUCACAAGCAUUAGUUUGCAUUUUAAUUGAUGAAAUCGAAUCUUUGGCACAUGCUCGUAAGUCUUGUAACAGCGGGACGGAACCCACCGAUGCUAUAAGAGUAGUAAACGCUUUAUUAACACAAUUGGAUCAAAUAAAACGGUAUCCGAACGUCCUAAUUUUAACAACCAGUAACUUGUCAGAAGCUAUUGACUUAGCAUUCAUUGACAGAGCAGAUAUAAAACAGUAUAUUGGACACCCCACAGAGCAAGCCAUAUAUAAAAUUUAUAUGUCAUGUUUGAAAGAGCUGAUGAGGACCAAACUCAUGGAACACGAAGAAAUUCAUGAUUUGUCAUAUUUAAAAAAAUUGGGUUAUGAAGAGAACUCUGCCACAAAGAAUAGUCUCAAAUUAAAGGAACUUAGUCAAGAAAGUCAGGGCUUCAGUGGACGAAUUCUGAGGAAAAUUCCGUUCUUAGCGCAUGCUUUUUAUUUACGAACGAAAAAGUGUACCCUAACUCGAUUUUUAAGAGCUAUGCACUUGGCUGUUAAAAGAGAAAAAGAGGAGAAUACCGAGGAAGUCUUUCAGGCAUUUCUUCAAUUGGAAUACUAAAAGGUACACUUUUCAGAUCUUUCAUAACUUUUUUUUACCUUUUUUUAUUUUUUUACCAACAUAUUGAAUCAAUGCAUAGGGACAGAAAUGUAAUUACACUCAAUCGAAGAUUCAGUAUUAUAUUUAUUUAAUUAUUCUUCAUCGUGUAUUGUUUAUACGGUAUAAAACAUUAUAAGUUACGUCCUUUAUACUUCA